AUGCCAGUGCCGCUGGCGGUGCCGGUAGCGGUGUCGGUGCCGUCGCUUGUCCGGGCGCUGUCGGUGGCGCUCGUGGUUGGGCUCGUGGUAGCAGUGCUGCUCGUGGUCGUUUUCCAGUUUGCGAUCGUACUCGUACUUGUCCUCGUGAUCGGAGUGGACGUGCCCGCGUUGCUUGUUGCUCUAUCUGUGCUCGUGUCAGACGAGUCGGAUACAGUGGUGCUGAUUUGCUCAGACACGGCGCUAGAUUGGUCAGCAUUGCUCGUUGUGCCUGCUGUUGUGCUUGUUGCUGCUCUUGUUGUUGCGGUUGAUGAUGAUGAUGUUGUCAUAUCGGUUGUGCUCGUUUGCGGUGUGGAAUUUGUUUCACCCAUGUUCCCUGUUGAUGAUUCUCCGGUCGAAGUGGUUGUUGCUAUCGCCGUUGGUGUUCUUGUUGAUGCGCUUGUUGUUUGUGCUGCCGUAGUUGAGGUGGUUGUGCGCGUUGGUGUUUGCGUAGAGGUGCUUGAUGUCCCGCCGUCCGUGUUUGUUGUGAUUGAUGUGGCUGUGUUUGUGGACGCAAAAUUUGAUGCCAAAUAA